CAUCACCACAUGCGCCUGUUACGGUGCGAUCGAAAUUUCGAGAUUUGGCUGUUGUGAGUAGGAUCAACGAUAAUAUGAAUCUAGAGGAGUACCGUAAACAUGGAAAAGAAAUGGUGGAUUACAUCGCCGAUUAUCUGGCGAACAUUCGAUCUCGACGCGUUUACCCGGCGGUUUCUCCUGGUUACCUGAGAAACGUUCUACCAUCGUCAGCACCGGUGGACGGCGAGCCCUGGGACGACAUUUUCGCGGACAUCGAAAAGUGCAUCAUGCCAGGAGUGACGCAUUGGCAGAGUCCCCACAUGCACGCUUAUUUUCCAGCUUUGAAUUCACCUGCCAGCUUACUGGCCGAUAUGCUGGCCGACGCGAUCAAUUGUCUAGGAUUUACCUGGGCCUCGAGUCCUGCGUGCACAGAGCUGGAGACCAUCGUAAUGAAUUGGCUGGGCAAAAUGAUCGGCCUGCCAGAUGAAUUCUUGCAUCGCCCAGGAGGAUCCGGAGGUGGUGGCGUGAUACAAACCACCGCAUCAGAAGCCACCCUCGUUUGCUUACUCGCGGCAAGAACCCGAGCCAUUAGAGAUGUGCAACAAAAUGAGCCGGAUCGUUUACCAGCUGAGAUUAAUUCACGUCUUGUCGGCUAUUGCUCCGACCAAGCUCACUCCAGCGUGGAGAAGGCUGGACUAAUAGGUCUGGUUCGAAUGAAGUACAUCGAAUCCGACGACGAAUUCAGUAUGAGAGGGGAAACGUUGCUGGAAGCGAUAUCGCACGACAGAGCCGAGGGGUUACUUCCAUUCUUCGUUUGCGCUACUUUGGGUACGACCGGUGCGUGCGCCUUCGACAAUCUGAAGGAGGUUGGUCAAGUAUGCGAGCAAAAUGGACUCUGGUUACACGUGGAUGCAGCCUAUGCAGGCAGUGCAUUCGUGUGCCCCGAAUUCCGUGGUUGGCUUCAAGGUAUAGAAUAUGCCGAUUCGAUCGCAUUUAAUCCUAGCAAAUGGCUGAUGGUGCACUUCGAUUGCACCGCGAUGUGGGUGAAAAGUAGCCAGGCGUUGCACCGGACCUUCAACGUGGAUCCGUUGUACCUGAAGCAUGAGAAUUCAGGCCUUGCUAUCGAUUACAUGUUCGUCAUUAGAAAUUACGGAAUCACUGGCCUUCAAAAACAUAUUCGCGAGGGGGUCAGAUUGGCUCAAAAGUUCGAAGCGCUAGUUUUGGCCGAUGCACGCUUCGAAAUCCCUGCAACGAGACACUUGGGACUCGUUGUGUUUCGUCUUCGCGGUGAAAACAGUCUGACGGAACGUUUGUUAAAAAAAAUGAACUCGAGGGGUCGGGUGCAUUGUGUGCCAGCUGCUUUGCAUGGCAAAUACGUGAUCAGAUUUACCGUCACUUCGACGAAUACAACCAACGAGGACAUUCUAAGAGACUGGGCUGAAAUACGAAAUACGGCAAACGAAAUCUUAGGGGACACUACGCAACCUCCUGUUCGAGCAAGAGUUCCACUUGCAGAAAACUCAGAUACCCGAGAAAAGAACGAGAAUUUUGGUUCCAGUUUGUUACUGGCCAAUUCUCCAAUGUCACCGAAAAUCGUAAAUGGCAGCUUUGCUGCUAUAUACGAUACGGCAGACGUGUUCGAAGAAUGCACGAAGGCCUUUGGUCAACUACGACUCGAGGCUAGAGACAGCCCAGCUAUGCGUCGUCGAAUUCGAGGAAUAUUGAUGUCAGGGAAGCAAUUCUCUUUAGAUUCUCGUAUGGAUCUCGUACAGGGGUACGUUUGUUGCCGUCCAGCGAUAGAAAUGUCCUCGGAAUUGCCACUGCAAGAGGACGAAGAUCCCGUAACAAGCGAGACAGGAUCCGAAACUAAUCAAUGCAACAAUGAUGCUUCCGGCUCAACGACCCAAGAAGAGUCUCAGGAUCCCGACAAAACGGACAAACCGUUGAAGAAACAAAGCUCCGUGAAUCGGUCGAAUUACGCGAUGAACGGUUCCGUGAAAAUUGUCACUCAAGAUAGCUCCAACACUCUAACGUCCAUGAUUUCAACGGAAGGUAGCCUACCGAGGAGCGAGACAAUAGCCGCGAUCGGUCAUCGUCCUUACACCGGUGAUCUGUCGUCGAUGCAAGGACAACGCGAGAAUCCUGGUAUAGAGAACGAGGGCAACGACGAGGACGCGGCUGUGUGUAGAAAAUGCGGCUACUGUAUGAAGAAGGAAUAA